AUGGAAGGGCCAGGAUCGUCAUCACAAUUUGAGACGAAUCUUGUCGAUUUGCCGAGAGAAUUGCUGAUGAAGAUCUUUGAGACGUUACCGCCGAAACACGUCUACAAGAUGAGUCGAGUUUGCCGCUUGCUUAACAGAUUGAUCAAAGACGACUCAUGGUGGAUGAAUCAAAUUCAGCGUGCGUUAAAUGGCGUGCGAUUGCCAAUUGCCGAGACGAAGGACGAGGAAUUUACGCCAUUUACGACGAGAGAUGCGAUUUAUUUCGAGGAACGACGAUGGGCAGCGAUUGCACAAGAGACCAAAAGUAUCACCGAGGGUUCUUGCAGUCAUUAUGCGACAAUUGAUGCAGUGAAGUUAUUCAAGUCUUCAAAUGGUGCACGUUUUUGCAUCACCGGGGCGAGGGAUCGAUCGCUGAAGAUUUUUAAUCUUGAUGCUAUAAAGAAUUCACCAGUCAACAAGGACACAUGGGUAAACAAAGAAAAAGAGGGUGCACAUGAGGGAUGGAUAUGGUCGGUGGAUCUCGUGAAUGAGCAGAACGAAUUGCUGAGUGCCGGAUGGGAUUCGACGGUUUGCUUGUGGGAUAUCGAUCAGCGACCAUUUCACUGUAUCUCGAGAAAAAUCGAUGCAGAAAACGGAGCAGUGACAGGGAUAUUAGCAGACGAGAAAGUCGCAAUUUGCAGCCGUUUCCAUUCAACGAUAACCAUACAUGAUAUCAAUAAUAAUUUGGAGAGUGUCGGCAAAGUGCGAGCGCAUCAAGGAGCGAUCACUUCUAUUGCACAAAAGGGCCACUACAUCUACUCGUACGGGGUGGAUCGGAAGUUGCGAAUAACGGACAAACGAAAUCUGAAAGAACAUCUGAGCAUUCGCAACGUGCCCAACUCGUUGAACAUUUGUCUCAACUCGGGACUCGUCUAUUUGGCUACAUCGAGUGGAGAAGUACACGCCUAUCGAGCCGACAAUCUCUCGCCCUCGCACAACUUCCGAGUAGUACCCGAUGGGAAUGCAGUUAGGCAGGUUAUAAAAACAAAAGGAAGCGUCCUCGCACUGACACAACUUGGUGGUCUCAAGUCAUUCUCCCUGGCUCCUGCGCCAAUCGAAAUGUACUCGACGGGGAAAUUCCACUGUGAGCCGUGCCGCUUCGACUACUUAGCUGGAGAUGUCGCUGUUGGAUGUGGUGAUGGUUCUGUCACAUUUUGGCAUCGUCCAGUCGAUCUC